AUGGUGGACUUGGGACUGGCCCACACUGCAAAAGGCUGGUUUAAUGACCAUGCAGCUGGCUGGCAUCAGGACAGGACAGGCCGCCUGCAGGAAGGAUACCUGGAGGACACUCGUACCCGCCGCUGCUCGUCGGACAGCGAGGGCGACUUCCAGGAGGUGUUCAUGGGAUGCACUAUCUACGCAGCCAGCCCUAAGGCUCUGCCUGCCGACGAGGCCCGAGGCCAGGACAGAUACUGCCAGCUCCCCCACUACAGCCAUCCUUAUGGUAACUGCAGUCAGAGGAUAGCAGCCUGCAGAGCCAGGGCCAGGAGCAUGACUGAGCAGCAGGAGCAGGGUGAAGUAACAGGCCUCCUCGCAACGCACGACCUGGAUCCCUCCAAAGACGACGACGCACAUGGCCACUUCAGGUUUCAGCUGAUUGAAGACCUUUCCUACGAAGACGUGAAGAAAUGUUACAGAGGAUCGUGUGUCUCUUGCAGCGGCUUGCUCCAGGCCUUGGAUGUGCGAGAGUGUGUGUGUGAGUACGGUGCCAACGUGCUGAGCCUGGUGCAGAGCUCGCGUCCUCUGUGGGAGAGGGUGGUGUCAGCGCCGAGCGGAGCCGGAGGGGCCGGCGGCGGCGGCGGCGGUGGCGGUGGGCACGUUGGAGUGGCUGGCGGGGCUGGCACUGUGCAGGCAGGCCGGUCCGCCAAGGAGCUGCUCAUGACUCUACCCUGUCCCUCUGCACAGACUGUCAGCAAGUACAACUCGCAGUACCACAAACUGUUCCCAUGCGUGCCCAAGGAUGAGAUCCUCAUGAAAGUGUACUCCUGUGCUCUUCUCAGAGACAUCCUGCUGCAGGGUCGCCUCUACAUCUCCAGAAACUGGCUGUGUUUCUAUGCCAACCUCUUCGGCAAGGACAUCAAGGUGGCCAUCCCUGUCGUUUCUGUGAGGCUCGUGAAGAAGCACAAAACAGCCGGCCUGGUGCCCAACGGCUUGGCCAUCACAACAGACACCAGCCAGAAGUAUGUUUUUGUCUCUCUGCUAUCAAGAGACAGUGUGUACGAUGUCCUUCGCAGAAUCUGCACACACCUACAGGUCAAUGGGAAGAGCCUGAGCUUAAAGCAGUUCAUGGAAGAGCCGGCCUUAUCGCUGGAUGAGUUCCCAACUCCGGAUGAGUUCCCAGUAGUCGAUGAGUUCCCCUCAGUGUUAAAAUGGAGAAGGAAACCCUCUGUGGUGUCCGUGUCCUCCUCCCUUCCCGACCUCCUGGGGAGCUCCACCGGCGGCCUGGGAGCAGCAGACGCACCCUUCAAGACAGAGCCGCCUCUGGAAGACAGAGGUCUGCAGACAGACAGAGGGCUUUUAUCAGAGCCGGUGGCAGAGUUGGGCCAGAUGGAGUACCAGCUGCUCAAGUUCUUCACCCUGCUAAUCAUCCUGCUCAUCUUCUCGUCGUGCUACCUGGCCUUUCGAGUGUGCAGUCUGGAGCAGCAGCUUUCCUUCCUCAGUAACCCAAACCUGCCCCUCAGAGAGAGGUAGCCUCCACCCUCCUCUUCAAACCAUCUCUCCUCACGGUUGGACCUGAUGAUGCCCCUCCACCCCCCUUCCCCACACAGAUCCAGGACCAGAACAAACCCUCCGUCCCCCAGCUCCAUCAUCAUGGAUCCAGACGCCUACGGUCCGGGAUGACGACCCAACCCACAAUCACUUUCAGACUAUGCAAGCAGACUGUAUAUUUAUUUCUGAAUAUAAAGUAGAUUUUGUAAUAGAUUGUCAGCAGUGCAUUUCACAGACAUUGCAUCAUACUUCAGUGUGUAAAGAGGACAAAUCACUGCUGAACCUUCACACCGAUGUGCAGACGGAUGGUGAAGAGUUUUGAGAAUAAAGUCCAUGAGAUAUGAGAGUCAUGAAAAUGAGAUGUUGCAUCUGUUUUCUGAUGGCUGCCAGUGUGUGACUUACUUGUUCACAUCAAACAUAUGUGUGACUGAUUGAGCAAACUGGUUAAUUUUAGAGGGAAGUUUAAAACUAGCAAUAAUUUUGCACAUUUUCUUAUAAGCAUUAAGUCCAGAUUGUUUCAGCCACCUGCAGCGUAAAGUGUUUUUGCUCAGUUAAAGGUACUCAGUUGUCAUUCUAGAGUUAUUCAGAGGAAGCGUAGUGUGAGCACAGAUCUUUCACUUCUUUCCAGUGAAACGGAGCAAUAAUAAUCCCAGAAAGAGAGCAGGGGGGGAAUUAGAUGAACGGUUUUGUUUUUCGUUGCAUUUAUAAAUGUCAAAAACAUUGCCCUAAUUCUUUUAUUUAAACAUUUCAUGCGAAGAUGUUGGUCUUCGAAACUCAAAAAGAGUGUUUGUAUUAUGCUGUUUGUCUGAGGAUGUAUGGAUUUUACACAUGUGAAUAAUGAUGUAUUUCUGGGAGCUUUUAAAUUAAACUGGCAACUAAGUUAAAAUGUCAA